AUUGAAUUGUCUCUUCAAAUCGAACGCGCUACUCUCUCCAAUUGAUUAUUAGCUUAGUUUGGCGCUGCUGUAGUUUUGCAUAAGCAGUUUCUGGCUGGAGCUUUUAGAUAAGUACUUUUCAAAAAAAGCAGUUUAGUGUUUGGCUGUAAAACUAUUAGAAGUAUUUUUUAAUAUGAACGGUUGUGUAAAAUGACUAUAAAGGACUUAUAAUAUAAAAUAUGAAUAAAAAUUCUAAACAAUAAAAAGUAGUAAAAAUGGAUCUUGUUAGAUUUCUUUUAUAUUAAAUAAUAUAAUUUUAUAAUUUAUUUUAUUUUUAAAAUGAUAUAAAUGAAGAAAAAUUAUAUUUUUCUCAAAUAAAAUUAAAAUAUGGUAAAGAUAAUCUUGUAUUUUCAAAAUAGCUUUUCGCAGAAGCUCCAAAUCGGAGCUUAUGCUUUUAUGUUAUACAAAAGCGCUUUUCGGCUUUUCAAAAGCCGAGCUUUUAGAGGUGUUUGUCCCUGCUUCAGCUUUUGAAGCCUAAAAGCACUUCUAAGCCGGGCCAAACAUAGGCAUUAUUCGACGGAGAACAAGUGAUUAUUAUGCUACCUGGCGCGGCAUAAGGAAUCCAUAGCCGCCUUUAGGUCCGAAUUGGAGCCGAGGAAGGACGACAUUCUCUUGACAUCUUUCAUCAAUACAGGAACAACCUGGCUCAAAGCUCUCUGCUACAACAUCCUCCGGGUAGAAGCAGAUUGCUCCAUACACAACUCCCUUUAGGGGUGGCUAUACGGUCCGGUCCGGUUAAAUUGUUAUUCGUUCCUUUGGCUUGUGAAAUCCACAUAUUUUUCAGUUUUUCUUUUCGCCUAACCCAAUCUUUGGAAUUCUAAGUUGAACAUUGAUGUUAUAUAAGUGUGUGAAUUUCACUACAUGUUAGAUCCAUGUUAUAUGUUAUUACUCAUAUUUUAGAUGAGAUUUUAUAUAAUUUAUAAAUGUAUGAAUAAUAUAAUGACUUUUACCAUAUAUUUGGGCUAAACUUGUUGGCCCAUUAACCCUCAAACCACUUGCUCAAUCGGGCCAACGAGUUAAACCAGAUUGACAAACCUUGAUCCACGUUGCAAAAAUAUCAUAGUUGAUGGAUCGGAUAUGAUAGUGGAGGUCACGCGAAUGUACUCAUUGAUAAGAUUAAUGCCAAGCAUGCGCAAAACAGCAGUGUUGGGGCUAUUACCUAGGAGAUUCUGCGUAUGAAUGAUGGCUAUGAAUAGUGGUUUCCAUGUUCGAUUUGUGGGUCAGAUUAGCAAUAGGGUAGCGCCCCAUUGGCAUUCACUGGCCAAGAAGGCCCCUUUUUUUUGCCUCCGACUUCGUGUCGAUUGUAUGAUUUUUUUAUCUGGAUUGGGUCCAAAUUUUGUAGGGGAAGACAAAUUAACUCCUACAUGGAUGUUUGGGCAGCCAAACAUAAGGUUUAAUGCAAAACUAAAAUAUUUGGCCGAAUUUGGCAGCCCCUAUAUUUAUUCAUAAUGAACAGUAACUUGCGUUAACCACUUAAUAUGUUGAAAUUCUAGACUAAUUUCCACUGUGAAAUGGUACUUGUGCAACCAAACACAAGGAUUCACGUAACCCGAAAAAAUGCCAGGAAGAAAUAUGGAUGUUUGGGCAGCCAAACAUAAGUUUUAAUGUACAACAAACAACUAGCGUCUGCCCCGGCCAGUUGGCCGAAGGAAGGUGAUGUAUGAAAUUUGAUAAUGUAAUAGUGUAUAUAGCUUAUUGUUGUAUAGUUUUUUUUGGGAAACACGUGAUAAAAAUAGUGAAUUUUAGCAGGAAAGAGACAUGAAUGAUGCAACGAAUCAAAAAUCGGCCUUAUGAACCAAAAUCAAGUACCUGUUACCUUGUGAAACAAUAUUGUUUAUGGUAAUAUGAUGAGGUGGAGUAAGUUUUAUAGAAACCGAAUUCCAGAAAAUCGAAUAAAAAAUUGCCUAUCCCGUCGGUUUUCGGGAAAUGAGCAUCUCACAAUCGUUGCUAGCUUUUACUCGGCCCGUUGGCCGAUUAAUUUGCUUUACAAACCUUUCAUCUUGUCGUAAUUGUGCUUUUCGUUUUUUUUCAGGCUAUGAUAAAAUCUAAGGAAAUCAAGAACGAACAACACGAUUUGGGAUAGGAACUGUCGUUGUCGUAUCCCUAGAAAAUUGUGGUAAACACGGACUCACCUGCCAAACUGGUUUGGAUUGAGAUUUUUAUCGGGUAUCAGGGAACCAUGUGAUUAUAAAUUAGACUUGAUCAAAACGGGCCAAAACUUAAAAUUCAGCCUGUUUGACCGACCCAUGCCAAAUUCUAAUUAUUCUUUACUUUUAAACUUUCUAUUUGAAAAGAAAAAAUAGUGAAAGAAAAGAGAUGACUGCAAUUCGCCAUUGCACAUCACUUAUUCGGGAAUAAUACCAUAGAAAUUCAAAAGGAACUGAAAAUGUUUAGGAUCGUUUUAAUGUUUAAAAUAACCAAAUAGAUCUUUCUGUUUAGUUUUUUAUUAACAAAUACCAAACGACUCCCUAUAAAAUACACUAUAAUUUGAUCAUUAUGAUAUCAAAUAAUUAUAUAAUAUAUAUUUGAAAUGAUAAAAAUUGGACUAAUUGGGUUGGUCGAGGUUGAACCAUUGAAUAACUUUAAAAUACAUUAUAUUUUAGCCACUAAGAUAUAAAAUAAUAGCAUGAUAUAUAUUAUGCCAGAUAAAAUAGCUUGUUUUAGAAUGACAAACCAAUGAUUUUUUUAUGAGGAUGAUGAACUUUUAUUAAAUAAGAGAAAGGGAAAGGGUACAAAGAUGGGAUCAUCAGUUCACAAGCAGUGAAAGUGAUCGAUAAUAAGAGAAUGGCAAACCAAUGAUGUUCAUUUGUUUUACUUGAUGGCUAAAUCCCGUGUAGGUCAGGCCCAUUCAACUUUUUUAUUUUAUGGUUAGCGAUUAGCCCAUUAGAUACCAUGCAUUAGUUUAUUGUUAAAUUUUUUAUUUUUAGCAAUAAAAAGGAGUAUUGUUUUUGCCUUUUCAUAUAUAUUUUAUCACCACGGAGUAAUAAAAGAGCUUAAAGAAAAAAAUUGACACUCCUAGACCCGUUUAAAUCCGCAUGUGUACGGUAAGUUGGCCCGUUCCACAGGGGAAAGAGAGAAAAAUUGACACUCCCUAUUCUACCCUUCCUACAAACGCUCAUGGAGUAGAGAAUUUGAAAUGGGGGAAGGUAUUUUCCUCCAUGCUAUUGUAUGUUUUUAAUUUAAAAAAAUACAACAAAUAUAUUUAGUAUGAUUAGUUAUCAUCCUUGCUUUCCUUUAAAAUGGUCAUGGUUCAAAUCCCAAUAUGUGUCGUUGCAGGAAAUUUGAAAUGAGUUUCCCGUUUUUCCCUUCGACGUAUUAUAUUAUGUGUAGAUCUGACAAAUUUGGCAGCCCCUCUUUAUUUGUAACACGACAAUUGGCCCACGAUCUGCGGCGAGUUUCAGAGUUCUCGAAGAAAGAAUUUCAUUGUAACUACUACUAACUUUGCUUACAAGAUAAAAUCAGAAAGUUUCAAUUUUACCACAAACACGUAAGCAUUAAUAAGAGUUGUGCAGGGAGAGUAACUAUAUAUAGACCUAUUUAUUUAAUUGUCUCCAAAUCGAACGCUACACUCUGCCAUUUGAUUAUCCGAUGGAGAACAAGCAGCAACUUCCGACAGAGUCGUUUUGGGGCAGUCGUGACGAGAUUUGCCAGAUAGAAGGAUUCUGGUACCCGGCGCAACAUAUGGAAAGCAUAGCCGCCUUCAGAUCAGAAUUCGAGCCGAGGAAAGACGACAUUCUCUUGACAUCUUUCAUCAAAACAGGAACAACCUGGCUCAAGGCUCUCUGCUACAACAUCCUCGACGAGGAAGAAAACGAUGUUCUGGCGAAGAAGAACCCCCACGACGUGGUUCCGACACUCGAGGCUACCGAUUGCUCCACACUCAUCUCCCCUGCAGUUACCUGCCGGGGAUGCAAGCUCGUGUAUGUUGCGCGGAACCCCAAGGACACGCUGGUGUCGAUGUGGCAUUACCUCAACAAGACCUCUAAAGCCGACCCAGCUAGCCCGUUCCCGCUGGAGAGAGCGGUGGAGGCCUUCUGCGGCGGGGUUAUGCCUUGGGGGCCUUUCUACGAGCACGUGGUGGGAUACUGGGAAGAGAGCAAGGAGCGCCCCGAUGAGGUGUUGUUCAUCAAGUACGAGGACCUGUGCAGAAAACCGGAGGAGCAAGUGAGGAAGCUGGCUUCGUUUUUGGGUAGGAGAACGAGUGUAGAUGUGGAGAAGGUACUGUGGCGGAGCAGUUUGAACAGGCUCAAGGAGUUGGAGGUUAACAAGAAUGAUGUCUGUGCUGUUGCCCCGCACAUUCCAAAUUCCAUCUUUUUCAGGACGGGAACUGUCGGGGAUUGGAAGAACUGCUUGACUCCAGACAUGGUUCAGCGUAUUGAUAGCCUCGCACGAGUUAAGCUGCAGGGGACUGGACUUUGUUUUGAUGACGAGUAGUUGUUUUGUUUGUAUGUGCUACGAAAGGGAAAUACCUUUUGUGCGACCAUUUUCAUUAUUUCGUUAUGUAUAAGAAGCUUUCACCAUUUGGACGUUUGUUCGUGUGUGAGUAAGCGACACCUUGGAUGUGUAUGAAGGAUAUCUAAUGGGAAUGGGUGAAUUGCAAGUUUGGUCACUCAUAUUAUUUAUUUGUAACACGUUAGCCACUUGAAUUACUUUCCCUUCAAUUUAGCCACUGAUAUUACACGUUUAUAUCAUUUUUAUCACUCACCGUCCAAGUCCGUUAAAUCUGUCCUAGGUGGCAGUCAACUCCAACGUUUGACCGUUAAAAAGCUUAUGUGUCAUUUACAAAUAAUAAAAAUAAAUUUUUUAAUUUCCA